AGGCAAAUAUUAUUCUUCAUGGUAUCAAAACAUUGAAUUAGCGCACCAAAUAUUAUCUAGGUUUUCUUUUCAUGCUUCUGCCGUCUUCCUUCUAUAGUUUUUUUUUCCUCUGUGUUUCUGCUCUCCAUGGCUUCCCUUUCGUCUGUUACCUCCUCUAAAUCCUCACCUCCAACUUCGCUUACUACUGAUACUAUAACCUCUACAUCCACUAUUAUUUCCCAUCCUGUUUUCUCCAUUUCAAAUAUCAAACAUUUUGUCCCUGAAACUUUGACUCAUGAGAACUACUUGCUUUGGAAAGAACUGAUAAUUCCCGUUCUUCAUAGCAAAGGUGUUUAUGGUCAUAUCGAUGGAUGCAAACCAUGUCUUCCCUCAACAGAUUUGUCCUAUGAAGAGUGUACUAGUCCAGUCUAUGAUAAAGAUCUUGUUUUGCAAGUUUUGGCUGGCCUUGAUCAAGAGUAUAGUAGUGCCAAACGAACUAUUCCGCAAAGGCAACCGUUUCCUUCUUUUCUACAGCUUCACUUUCUGCUCUUGAUUGAAGAAGCUAGUAUUAACAUGAGCAUGCUCAAACAGGCAUUCAUCGAGGUGGCAGGUCUUGAUCUCGUGGCCAAGGGGGUCGGUUUUUUGGUGUUCGUGGUGGCCAUUAUUCUGGUUUUUUUGGCUAUUGCACCAAUCCUUUGGGUUUUGCUUCUCAGCCUCAACAGCACCAUCUCCACAAUUCUAGUUUCUUUGGUUUUCUUGGUUUCUACCAACCUUUGUGGGAUGCUGCUAGUUAUGUUGGUUCUACCUUUUCCAAUUCAACAUGUAGAUUCAAAUUGGGUAUUUGACACGGCAACUUUAAAACCUGUGUCUUCUUCCCCUGUUCCCACCUCAUCCACACCCUUAUCAAAUCCUACUGCCUUUUCACCCAUAUUCUCCUCUAACUCCACUACCUUUAUACCCAUUGAACCAUUCGUGGAGCUUGCUCCCCUAAAUUCUACGGCUUCAUCCUCGCUCCAAUCUGUUGUUCCCAAAGCUAAGCCCUUUCAUCAGCAUCCUAUGAUCACUCGUGCUCAAGAUGGAACUAGGAAGGUGCGUAUCUUGCCCUCAAUGGUUUCUACUGUUGUUUCCAUCCUGGAACCUAAAACUUUUGCUUAAGUUAUUAAGCAUUCUGAAUGGCGUAAGGCUAUGAAUGAGGAGUAUUUUGCUCUGUUGUACAAUCGUACUUAGAUCUUAGUUCCUUGUCCUCCUCAUGUUAAUGUUAUUGGCUCUAAAUGGGUGUAUCGUAUUAAUAAAAAAUCGAAUGGUUCUAUAGAACGUUACAAAGCUCGUCUCGUUGCCUAAGGGUUUACUCAGCAACCUGGUGUUGAUUAUGGCGACACCUUUAGUCAUGUUGUGAAACAUGUUACUAUUCAUACUGUUUUGACAUUUGCUAUCUCCUACAAUUGGCUUAUUCAUCAGCUUGAUGUUAAGAAUGCAUUUUUAAAUGGUGAACUUUUGUAGCCUGUUUAUAUGUCUCAGCCAUUUGGUUUCACUGAUGCUUCUUAUCCGGAUUAUGUUUGCAAGUUACAGAAAGCUCUUUAUGGUCUCAAGUAGGCUUCUUGGGCUUGGUUUCAGAGGUUUGCUACUUUCUUGACCUCUUAUGGUUUCUUUCAGGCACAUAUAGAUUCUUUUAUGUUCAUCUUGCGGACUCGCGACUCUAUUGCAAUUUGAUUAUUAUAUGUGGAUGACAUUAUUUUGACUGCUUCUAGUUUUGCUUCUUUUAUCUACUAUUAUUUUUAUGCUCAAGCGAGAGUUUCUUAUGAUUGAUUUGGGGACCUUGAAUUAUUUCUUGGGUAUUUCUGCUAGCUUCAACUCUGAUGGUUUAUUUUUGCAUCAAUCUAAGUAUAUUCUUGAGUUGUUGGUUCGCAGUGGUAUGACGGAUUGCAAGGCUGUUAGUACUCCACUUGAUAGCAAGAAAAAGUUAGCUGCUAAUGAUAGUCCUCGUUACUCUGAUCAUUCUACCUAUUGGCGACUUGUUGGUGCCUUACAAUACAUCACUUUCACAUGU